GUUUAAUUCACGUAAAAACAUUAAAAACUUAAUUAAAAUGGUGCUGGAACAUCAAGGAUUAUUACCCAAUUUACCGGCGGCAAGUCGUUUACAACCAGCAUCACAGAUAUAUGCUGCAUUAGCAGCACAAUUAAGUCCUAGAUCACGUGUACCACCAUGGGCACCAUUUUUACAGUUUGGUGUCCCAGCUGUUUUUGGUGGAUCAUUUUUAGCGGCAGCACGCCCACGUUUUGACCACAGUCCAAUAAACGGCAAUAAUAAUGCAAAUGGAAAUAAUUCUAAUAAUAAUGGUAAUAGCAACAAUAAUAAUGGAUCAAAUAACAGCGCGGUAGGCGGCAGUAAUAAUAGUAUUGGCGGUGGAGGUAGCGGUAGUAAUGGUAAUUCGCCUUUAAGUGUUGUACAUCAACAACAUCAACACACUUUAGCUAAUUUGAGUGGAUUAAGUGCAGCUAUGGUUAAUGCUAACGCUGCAAUGGCCGCUAAUGUUGCUGCAGCAGCACAUCAUCAAUUAUUAAAUGGUAGUAGAAAUGUUAUGCCAGGACCACCAAGUGAGGAUUCAAAUGAGGACAGAGGUUCAGCAGCUGAUGGUGAUGAUGAAAAUAGUGCAUCAAAACGUCGUCGUAGUAGAACAAAUUUUAAUUCAUGGCAAUUAGAAGAGUUAGAAAGAGCAUUUUCGGCUAGCCAUUAUCCAGAUGUAUUUAUGAGAGAAGCAUUAGCAAUGAGAUUAGAUUUAAAAGAAAGUCGUGUUGCGGUAUGGUUUCAAAAUAGAAGAGCGAAAUGGAGAAAAAAGGAACAUACAAAAAAGGGUCCAGGUAGACCGGCACAUAAUGCACAUCCUCAAUCCUGUUCUGGUGAACCAAUACCACCUAACGAAUUAAAGGCGAAAGAAAGGGCACGUCGACGUAAAAAAUUAACGAAAGCAAUUGAACGUCAAGCAAGAAAAUUACGUGCUAAAGGUAUUGCUGUCGAUUUAGAUGCACUUAAGGCUGAAUAUUUAGCACAACAUCGUGGUACAUUAAAUUUAAAUGAAUCUGAUAUUGAUGAUGAUGAAAUACAAAUUGAUGUUGUCGGAGAUGGUGAUGAUUCUGAUGAUGAUGAACCAGAAGAUUUUUCAUUUAGAAGUUCAUUUUUAAAUAGUUGCAGUAAUAAUAUUAAUGGAAAUUUAAAUAAUUUCAAUUUGAGCAAUAGUCCAAAUAGUGGUAUCAGUAAUUAUUGUAAAAGUGAAAUUGAUAUUGACAUUGAUGGUAAUAGAGAUGGUAGAGAUAGUAGUUAUGAUCGUGAUGAUGUUAUAUGUAAUGAUGGUGAUCGUGAUUCAUCACCAGUUUUAACUGAUGAUGGUAGUAAUUUAAUGCAAGAUAAUAAUAGUAGUAGUGAACCACCGAAAAAUUUAAGUAUCAGACAAAAUCCUUUUAGUAUAGAUUCAUUAUUGUAUAAUAAUACGUGA